AUGACAACAAAAAGUUUAGGAAUAAGAGCAAGAAAGAAUUUUGAUUUCUUCGUUUUCACUGAAUCAGAAAACAAAUUAACGCCAUUUUCAGGUGUUUUCAUUCCAUUGCAAAAUUGUAAUUUUGCUUUGAUUCUUAAAGAUCAAAGUGAAAUAAUCGAGAUGAAAGAUGAACUCGACAGACUCCACAAACAAAUUUCUUUGGUUCUGAAAAGAUUGGUUCAUCCGAUGAUAGCGAUGAAAACGGUUUUAGAUGAAAUGCCAAAUCUGACAACCAAAGAAAAAUGUGUUAUUUUUUGUUGUCAAAUGAAAACGAUUGAAUAUGUUAAGCCUGAAAUCGAAUUAUUUGAUUAUGAAAUCACCGAAGUUUGUAUAUCUAUUUUCGACAGAUUGUUAUCGAAAUACAACAAAAUCUGUAGAAUGAGGACAUUCAAUGAAGAUUUUGUUUUCAUUGGAGGUUUCUUUGAUGAUGAUUCUCCUGGAGAAAGAAUUGAAGAAAUCAUCAAAUUUGCCCAAGAUGCAGCGAAUGAUAUCAAUCAUUUCUUGGAAUGUAAUAUUUUGUUGAGUGGAUCAAUAAACUACGGAGGUCCUGUUCAUUGUGGAUUCUCCGGCAUUUCUAAGACAAUGUUUGAUUACUGGAGCAAAGCAAUUAUUGAUUGUUACGAUAUUUUAGAUGUUGUUCCUCCUGGAAAACUUUUGUUGUUUGAAGACGCGUAUAAUUAUAUCAAUGACAAAUCACUUUUCAUUCCUUACAGGCCAACAAGAGAGAUUGAACAGAAUUUAUUCAUCAUGCAGUCCUAUUUAGGAAUGGGAUUCACUGAUUAA